GUGACAUUGCAUCCAAGACUCUGAGUAUCAAGCCAACGACCCCGAGCGCCAUCAAUCGCAGGCACUGUCCUCGCACCCACAAUACAUAAUGGCGUCCAAAGUCGCAGCGGCAGCUGCCGGUGGUGUCAUGAACAUCAACACGAAGCAAUGCGUCGUCUCUACCGGCGUCUGGGACAAGAUCCGCCGCGUCUUCGCCGUCGACCCCAACAGGUCAUCCGGUGUGCCCUUGAACCCAUACUACCGCAACCCGACUCCCGGCGGCACAGACCCAAUGCUUUACGACGAUCCCGUCACCGCCCCGGCUGGUGACAUCGCCGACAACCCGUACUGGAAGCGCGACGUCCGGAGGGCCUACCCGAAGCUCAGCUUUGUCAACCAGAGCGACGCCGUCAGCCUGCUGAGCGUUGGCAGCGCUGCUGCGCCCAAGCAGGAGCUCAUCGGCGAGGCCGGCGAAAAGUCGCUGGUUGCUGCUAAGCAGGAGGGCGAGACUGGUCUUGCGGCGUUCUUUGAGAAGAAGUCUGGUGCUGCCGUCGCUAAGGACCUGCUUGUAGAUGGCUUGCCCCCGCUACCCAGCGGCGUCAGCCUCAACGCGGAGAAGUGGGAUGUGUACAAGUACGAUCUGACAGACUCUUCGUAUGGAGAAGAGAAGCUGGUCACAUACCCUUGCCGAUCGUUCAAGUAGACGUGUCGAAUAAGGAGAGAAGUCGAAAUGGGAUGAGGACGACGGAGGAUGGACACUGUACAUAUGCGAAAAGAGACGACAACUCUAGAUUUUCUUGGCCCAAGUAUGAUGCAUACAAUCGACAAUGAUAUGUGGAAGGAUUGUGCAUGCUGGGAUG